CCUGCCCUUCGCUUCCUUCCCUCCCGCCACCACAGUUAUCUUCUUCGCCUCCCUUUCGUUCGCCCCGCCCCCUUUCUUCCUCCUGCGUCCCGGCUAGCCGACGCCCCCACGCCCACUGGCACACGCCCUAGCAACCACCCGACUCCGAUGCGCCCGCUGCUGACGCUCACCCCCUUCGACGCCGCGCACGCACUCGUCACCUCGCCCUUCUUCUCCCCGCCCAUCCUCGCGGCCGUGCGCCUCGCCUUCGCGGCCUACGCGCUCGUGACGCUCGUCGUAAGCAUCGUCUGGGGCGCGGUCGUGCAGCACGAUGCCGCCGGCUUCUUCUCGUACUUCACGCACCUGACCUACACUGGCUUGUGUGCGUACUUCUUCGCCGCGGGCGUGCAGACGGCGCUCUUCGCAAGGCGGGGGAAGGGGUAUCCGCUGCAGGGCUGGCCCCGCGCGCUGCGGUUCCUGCAUCUGGCCCUGCUCGCGACCGUCACGGUCUUCCCCCUGCUCGUGUCCGUCGUCUUCUGGGGCGUGCUCGCGGACAAGGACACGUUUGCGACGCGCUACGACGCGUGGUCCGCGAUCAGCGUGCAUCUCCUCAACUCCGUCUUCGCGCUCUUCGAGAUCGCGCUGACCAACACGCCCGCGCCCGCGUGGGUCCUCCUGCCCGUCACGCUGCUCGUCCUCGGCGGGUACGUCGGCGUCGUGUACGUCACGCACGCGACGCAGGGGUUUUAUGCCUACUCCUUCAUGGCGCCCAACUCCCGCCUCGCGCUGCACAUGGCCGGCGUCGCGCUCGCGCAGGUCGUGCUCUACGUCGUUGUGUGGUGUCUCGUGAGCCUGCGCGUGUGGCUCGUGCGGCGGUACAUGACGCGCCCGCGCGGAAUCGAGGCGGGCCCGGGGUCGGAGACGUCGCUGGGCAACUUGAAGGAGGCGGUGUAG